AUGUUGGAUUCGGCGUCUUUCGAAAUCUUUAACGCUCUUACAGAGUACCUGCCAUGGAUCGUGGCGGGAGGACUCAUCCUUUACCUCGUCUCAACUUAUACUAGGCUACGCCGUAUCCCCGGACCAUUCUUUGCCUCGAUUUCCAAUAUUCCACGCUUCUACUGGGUUUGGAGUAGGCGGGCACAUGAUAUCCAUAUUGAACUGCACCGGAAAUAUGGCAAGUUAGUGCGUUUUGGGCCGAAUAUGGUUUCAGUCGGGGAUCCCAAGGAGGUACCCGCCAUCUACGGAUUCAGCGGAAAGUACAAGAAAGUACUGUCAAAAUACAACUUCGUUAACCCCAAUGAAGGAGCUGACCAGGAGCAGUCCAAAUUCUACCAAGUCAUUCUCCCCAUGUCUAAAGGAAAGAUCCUCCCCGGACUCUUCGCCACGCAAGAUGAGGACAUCCACCGCAUGCUCAAGAAGCCCAUUGCCAGUAUCUAUUCGAUGAGCAACCUCGUCUCGUUCGAGCCAUUCGUCGACCAGACCAUCCACUGUUUUUUUGACCAGUUAGACACCCGAUUCGCUAACCAUGGCCGACCCCUAGACUUUGGGAUAUGGUUGCAAAUGUUCGCCUUCGAUGUCAUAGGGGAGAUCACAUUCUCUCAGCGACUGGGUUUCCUCGAGAAGGGAGAGGAUAUCGAUAACAUCAUGGGCGAUAUCUGGAAGUAUUUCCAGUAUGUGGCGCCGGUGGGCCAAAUGCCGUGGAUCGAUGAACUCUGGGUUAAGAACCCGUGGAUUUCUCGACUGCGCAAAGCCUCAUGGUCUGCGAUGGGUGACUUUGCCGUAACCAGACAGAAUGAGCGGAUGAAGUUGAUGAACAAUCCAUCAGAGGAGGCGAAGAAUCUGAAUGACCGAGACUUCUUGUCCCGAUUUAUUGAGGCGAUGGCGAAGGACAAAAGUGUGCCGCAGUGGGCACUCCUGGCAUGGACGCAGUCGAAUAUAACCGCUGGCAGUGAUACAACAGCUAUCAUGCUCCGAACCAUCUUCUAUAACCUGCUUCAACACCCAGAGACCAUGGCCAAACUGAUGGAUGAAUUGCGAACAGCGGCCAAAGUAGGAUCCAUCUCCGCAAUCGUAACAUGGAAACAAAGCCGACAACUUGCGUAUCUCGACGCUUGUAUCAAAGAGGCGGGCAGAAUACAUCCGCCCUUUGGUCUUCCUUUGGAAAGGGUUGUCCCAGAGGGAGGAGUGGAAGUAUGCGGUGAAUUCCUGCCAGAGGGAACGAUUGUUGGUAUGAAUGCGUGGGUGGUGCACCGGGACGAAGAAACCUUCGGUCCAGACGCUGACUCUUGGCAACCUGAACGAUGGCUGGGGAAGGAUGAGGCUGCUGUGAAGAAGAUGGAGAAUAGCUUGUUGACGUUUGGUCACGGCCAUCGAUCGUGCAUUGGGAAGAAUAUCUCGCAUUUGGAGGUUUAUAAGCUGGUGCCGACGUUGCUACAAGCUUAUGAGAUUGGGCUUGAGAAUCCUGGUAGCCAGUGGAGAGUGGAGAACCGAUGGUUUGUGCCACAGUUUGACUUUCAUGUCGUUAUGAAGAGGAGGAGCCAGUGGCCGUAG